AUGUCCGUUUGGAACCCUGAAAACAUCAAGGACGUUGCAGAGUCUGUUGGCAUCACCUCACUCAGCGAUGAUGUUCUCCAAGGACUCUGUUCGGAUAUCGAAUAUCGAAUAUCACAAGUCUUAGAGGAAGCCCUCAAGUUCAUGCGGCACAGCAAGCGAUCAACCCUCACCACGCAAGAUGUAGCGCAGGCUCUGCGCGUACUGGAUGUCGAGCCUCUGUACGGCUAUGAGUCAACGCGGUCACUUCGGUUUGGCGAAGCGUCCAUUGGGCCUGGACAGCCAUUGUUCUAUGUCGAAGACGAAGAAGUGGACUUCGAGAAGCUCAUUAAUGCACCUUUACCUAAAGUACCGCGAGAGAUGACCUUUACUGCACAUUGGCUGGCUGUCGAAGGGGUACAGCCUUCGAUACCCCAGAACCCUACAGCCGCAGAUUCGAGAAACCAGGAAUUGGUGCCUAAAGGGCAGAGUGCAAAUCCCCACAUGGCAGCCAUGAGCGGCAACGAAAAUAUCACAGUCAAGCCCCUGGUCAAACACGUCCUAUCGAAAGAGCUUCAGCUUUACUUUGAGAAGAUUUGUAGUGCACUCCUUGAUGAAUUAAAUAGCGAGUACCGAACUGCAGCUUUAGCCAGUAUCCGAAGUGAUCCUGGUCUUCAUCAGCUAGUGCCUUACUUCGUGCAGUUCAUCGCAGAGAAAAUCACGCAUAACCUCAAAAAUCUUUUCGUACUCACCCAAAUGAUGCUACUUACGACCGCCAUGCUCGAGAAUUCGAAUCUUUACGUUGAUCCCUAUAUUGCCUCCAUAAUCCCCCCCAGUCUUGACAUGUCUCGUUGGUCGACAUCUUGGCUCAUCACCUGA